AGGGAGGACACACCUCAGAAAUCAGGGCCACACAUGAUCCGCCACCACACGACACACACUCCACAAGAUCCACCACUACACAACACACAACAUUGGUUCACUCCUAAUCUUAGGAAGCUACGCCAAGCCAAAGAGGAGGCCUACAGGAGUGGGGAUCGGGACCUAUAUAAGCAGGCCAGGAACAAGCUGACAAAGGAGAUCAGGGUAGCCAAAAGAAGCUACCAUGAGAAGUUAAAAAAUAGCCUCUCAGACAACGAUCCUGCAGCAGUUUGGAAAGGCCUGCAACAACAGGUCAGGAAUUACAAGAGACCAUCCCCACAUCCUGCAGAAAAUCUCAGACUGGCUGAUGACCUGAAUGACUUUUACUGUACCCAUUAUCACACCCCUCACGCACUAUAGGUUUCCCCAAACCACCUCCCCCCACCUGCGUUAACAAUCUGCGAGAAGGAUGUGUGCUGGCUCUUUCAGAAGCAGAAGAUCAAGAAGGCUCCAGGACUUGAUGGUGUGUCCCCCUCUUGUCUGCAGCUGGCGCCAAUCUUCACAAAGAUCUUUAACCAGUCCCUGGAGCUGUGUGAAGCGCCCUCCUGCUUCAAAUGCUCCACCAUCAUCCCAGUCCCCAUCCUCCAUCACAGGAUUAAAUGACUACAGGCCCAUUGCCCUGACGUCUGUGAUCAUGAAAUCCUUGAAAGGCUGGUGUUCAGAGUCAUCUGAAGAACAUAACAGGACCCCUGCUGGACCUCUGCAGUUUGCCUACAGGGCAAACAGAUCGGUGGAUGAUGCCGUCAAUAUGAAACUGCAAUUCAUCCUGCACCACCUCGACUCCCCAGGGACGUAUGCCAGGAUCUUGUUUGUGGACUUCAGCUCGGCAUUCAACACCAUCAUGCCUGAACUCCUACAUCAGAAGCUCACCCAGUUCUCAGUGCCUGCCUCUACCUGUCUGUGGAUCAUCAGCUUUCUGACUGACAGGCAGCAGCAUGUCAGACUAGGGAGCAUCUCAUCCAAAACCCUGUCUAUCAGUACAGGCGCCCCACAGGGGUGUGUCCUUUUCCCGCUGCUCUUCCACCCUCUACACUAAUGACUGCAUCUCUAGGAGCCAAACUCCUGAAGUUUGCAGAUGGCACCACCGACAUUGGUUUGAUCCAGGAUGGUGAUGAGUCUCCUUACAGAAAGGUGGUGGAAGAGCUGGUCCAGUGGUGCAGUCAGAACCACCUGGAGCUUAACCCCAAGAAGACUGUGGAGAUGACAGUGGACUUUAGGAGAAGUCCCCCCCUCUCCCACCCCAUGCCAUUCAGAACGACACAGUGUCCAAGGUGGAUUCCUUUAGGUUCCUGGGAUUCACAGGACCUAAAAUGGUCUCUCCACAUUAACACUAUCCAGAAAAAGGCCCAGCAGAGGUUAUACUUCCUGAGACAGCUAAGAAAGUUUAAUCUGGAGCUGCUGACAACUUUCUACUCAGCCAUCAUUCAGUCUGUCAUCUGCACCUCCAUCACUGUCUGGUUUGGGUCAGCCAUCAAACGAGGCAGGGCCAGACUGCAACGGACAAUUAGGGCUGCAGAGAGGAUCAUUGGAGCUGACCUUCCCUCCAUCCAGGACCUGUACCGGUCCAGGGUCAGCAAAAGGGUAGAAAAAUCUGUACAGAUCUCUCACAUCCUGGUCACAAACUGUUCAACCUCCUUCCCUCUGGUAGACGAUACAGGGCACUGGUUGCCAAAACCAGCCGACACAAAGCAGCUUCUUCCCCCAAAGCAGUCACUCUGUUGCACACUCAGAAACAGCCCCCACCCUUACACUGAACAAAGUCAAUCAACACUGUUCUCAUCUACCUCAUCUCCUUAAAGGGCCCUUCUGUAACUCCAGUCAUUUCUUCGCCGAUUUCUCUUUUGUUGCCGCUUUUUUUUUCUCAACGGAGCUCCGCCUACAGCUUUGGGCUGCAUAUUUCACAACCGUCUUUUUGGUCUUUUUGCUGGCUCUGCCAUGAUAAACAUCUGAAAGAUGAAGCCAUCUUAUAGCUAGCCGACAUGGCUAAUCGGUGCUUGAGGGGAGCGUGUGUAUGUACAGAGAGUUUUGUGUUUC